GGAGUGAGUCCAACUCUGGCUGUUUUUGCAUUUGUCACGCAGUGGGCGCUGUGAUGGGGAAGAAGUCCCGACUCGGCCGGUUCAAAGCCUGCCGGUCAGCAGUUCGGAGCCCAUGACGAGAAGCAAAAGGACGAGGAGCAACCAGACAACGGAGGCCUGUUUCCUUGGAACAGCCUAGCCGAUGGCAAAGUGAAUUUGGUCACUGGUCAAUGUAAAGGCAAAAGUUCAAGAUCCUUGUAUAGACCCAACGUGUGGUUCCUCCAAGGUUCCCACAAAGUGGUUUGCAACAUAAACUGAAAACAUGGUUCAAGAAGAUGGUGACGUGGCAUCCAGAUCCAUUUUUGCCUGGGAUUAUGUUUUGUGGGAAGUUCGUCUGAAACUAGUGGUGGCUGGCUUUUUCAUCUACCUGGGAGUAUUUUUUCUCUCACACUACCUGUCUUCAAGGAUAAGCAUCACUUACCGUGCCUUGCCAGCAAAAGAGAAAGUCUUCUGGAAUCUGGCUGCCACACGAGGUGUGUUUGGCAUUCAGAGCUGCGUUGCUGGUUUAUGGGCUUUGCUUCUAGAUCCAGUUUUUCAGGCUGACAAAGUGUAUUCCCAGCAGGAGUGGAGCUGGUUCAACUGCCUAAUAGCCUCUGGCUUUUUUUUGCUUGAAAAUGUAGCUGUUCAUGUGUCUAAUAUUGUUUUCAGGACAUUUGAUUUAUUCCUAGUUGUUCAUCAUUUGCUUGCUUUUGGUGGCUUUUUUGGUUUGGUGACCAACAUAAAAUCUGGACAUUAUAUACCCUUGAUGGGAAUGCUACUAGAGAUGAGCACACCUUUCACCUGUAUAUCCUGGAUUCUUUUAAAGGUUGGCUGGGCUAACACUUUCUUUUGGAAGGCAAACCAGUGGGUAAUGAUUCACAUGUUUCAUUGCCGCAUGAUCCUUACUUACCACAUGUGGUGGGUGUGCAUUUCCAAUUGGAACGCUGUGCAAGAAAACCUGGGAUGCCUACAUUUUACAGUUGUAUUCACAGGGCUGAGCGCUGUCACAUUUGUACUUAACCCUUACUGGACAUACAAAAAGACUAAGCAGCUUGUCUGUCCUAUUGACUGGAAUUUUACCAAUAGAACAAUGAAAAACGGCUCCUCCAAAAAACUAAAUGGUAAACUACUCCAGACGAAAGCGUUAUGAUGCUGAAUUUGGGUGUCUUUUCCACACAGUAGUGAACUGUGGGUUAGACAGCUAGGACCAUGAAGCUUACCCCCA